CUCUGGAUCGACUAUUCGCCCUAUUUCAGGCUUGAGUAAUCGCUGCUACAUCAGUCUGACUCUUGGGCUUGUUUCCCAGCUCUCUAUCUGCACAGGCUGGAGGGGAAGAUGGCAUCCUCGGAGCAGGCAGAGCAGAGCGGCCCUCCAGGCAGAGAUGAUGCUCCACCACGGGAAGCACUGAUCGCUACAGCGGUGAAGUUCUUGCAGAACCCGAAAGUUCGUCAGAGUCCGUUGGCUACCAGGAAAGCUUUCUUAAAGAAAAAAGGUUUGACUGAUGAGGAGGUGGAGUUGGCCCUGCAACGCUCUGGUGCUGAGGAAGCACUGGCUCUGAGUCCAUCGGGACCCCCUCAUAUCAUCCACAGUCCGACGCUCGCUCCUGCCCCCUACAAUCCCCCUGGUUACAGAUGGAGAGACUAUGGUGCCCUGGCCAUCAUCAUGGCAGGAAUGGCCUUUGGCUUCCAUCACCUGUACUGCAAAUACAUCCUUCCCCUCAUUAUGGGCAGCAAAGAGGACAAGAAGCAUCUGCAGAGGAUCGAGAGCAGCAUCGUCGACAUGAGUGGCACGCUGACACAGACAGUGACCCAGCUGCAGACAACGUUAGCCUCAGUGCAGGAGUUGUUGGUCCAGCAGCAGAAGAAGAUCCAGGAGCUGUCUCAGGAGCUGGCUAACUCUCAUGCCUCCUCUGCUACCAAUCGCAUGCUGGAGUCUCAAAGCAUCAGUGAGCUGAAGGCUGAGAUCACUUCAUUAAAGGGGCUUUUACUCAGCAGGAGACAGUUCCCUGCCUCUCCGUCCCUCCCCAAAAUCCCAUCCUGGCAGAUCCCUUUGAAGCCUGGAGCCCUGUCCAACUCUCCCUCAGUCAACCACACCAACAGCAGCAGCGACAUCUCACCUGUCAGUAACGAGUCGGCCAGUUCCUCUCCCGUAAAAGACGGCCACAGUUCUCAGGGCAGCGCGUCAGGCUCUCAUGGCUUGAACGGAGAUGCCGGUCUGGGCUCCAUGCUCACGCUUGACCUGAAGGACCAGGUCCGCAUGGAGGUGCAGGGAGAGGAGGAGAGGAAAGAAGACGAAGAGGAAGAAGAAGAAGAGGAAGAAGAGGAGGAUGAGGAGGAAGAGGAGGACGACGACGUAGCCCAUGUGGACGAAGAGGAGCACUUGAGCGUUCAGACGGAAGACAGGAGAGGGGGAGAUGGACAGUUUAACGAGCAGGUGGACAAGCUGCGACGUCCUGAAGGGGCCAGCAACGAGAGUGAGGUGGAUUAGGAAAGAGCUUUUGCUGAUUAUUUGGCUUAAUUUUUUUUUUUUCAAAAGAAAAUAGCUUUUAAUUCAAUCCUCUCGUCCGCCCCUUUUCUGUUUUGAAACACAACCACAUACUUCACUAGGAAGCAGCGAAUAGCGUGUAAUCUCAUCGGUUGGGUUCAAUGCCCUCAUGUCGUGAAUUUUCUUUUUAGCAUACACACUCAAGUAACAGCCCAGACGCUCUUGCGUGCCUGGGCAAGCACAGUUAAGUAACAUAAAAUGUGGAAUUAGACGGUGACAGAAUUAUGAUCUCUGUAUUAUUAAGCAAACAUUGUGUGCUCAGCCAUUUCUUUCAUCCCUUCAGACUAGUCAUUUCUCCUAAGAAUAGUAACUGUGGUUUCCUUAUAACAUACAGGGAAAAAAAAAAAAUCUCUGUACUGUAUCUGUAAUACUGUAUACCCCUGCUUGUUACCACAGCGGUAUCUAAUCCCAAAAACAGAAGCCAACAGCAACAAAUCAUGAACACCAAAGAAUCUUUGCUAGUCCCGUGACGUAAUUUUGACUUUCCGGUUAGCUCUGUAUCGCAGCCACCUUGACGUCCAUCUACUUGUCUGGACUUUAAACAUCUGUUUGUUGUUCGCCGUGCCCUCUCAGCAUAACGUAACGGCGAGCCGCAGCAGCCAACGCGUCUGGGGAAGUCCUUGUAAUUUCCGAUUAGAGUGAUGAUAGGUUUACUUCCUGGUGGUGUUGAGAAUAGGAGAGCAGAGGAGGCAGAUAAACACUGUUUUUAAUGCUCUCUGGAUGAGUGAGGAACGCAGACGGAGACAGAAUAAUGUCGAAAAGAAGAGCGCCUCUCCGCUUGUGUCUCUCCCGUUUCCAACCGGGCAGCUGAUUAAGUUUAUGAAGUAUGUUAAUAAUCAAAUGAUCGACAAAUAACAGAUGUAUUAGUUCAUGCAGCUUGAAAUGUCAAGAAGGCUAAAAUCACAAAUCUAAUACCAGAAGCCUGUUCUAUUGUAUUAUAUUACAUGACAAAGCCUCCAGUCCAAAUUAUACCGGCCUCCCACAGUGAAUAAUCUUAACAUGAAAUGGUGCCGGGGCUUUGUAAUUAAACCAUGUAAAACAAUGGAUGCUUCAGCAGAGGUGCCGACAGUCGCUGAGCUUUUCUCUUUGUGGGGAUUUUUCUAUCCAAGUCCUGAAGAUGAAGAAAAAAAGGGGGAAAAAACCCACAGCUGAUGCAAAUGGAGAGUAACAUAUGAAUACAUAACUAAUAGAAUUACUCAUACGCCAGCUGAUGAGGGGGGGAGGGGAGAAAAGAAAAAAGCAAGAAAAGAUCCUGGAGAGAAAAUUAGAGAUGUCUGCUCCUUACUGACAUUUUCACUUCUAACAAAUUGCCUUCAGAGUAAUGUGAUUAUGGCUCAAGCAGGUGAAACGUUGUGGGCUGUGGCAGCGGUUGCUGAGCCGCGCCACCGUGGAGGAUCUCCGCCAGCCUGACGACACGCAUCUCGUUAUAGUCUAGAUUAGAGUUGACUUGACCAAUGGACUAUCAAGAGGUAUUCAUGUAAUAUGUGAUCGUGAAUAAGAACCUUUAUUCAGCUGAUAUACUGUAACGCCAGGUUUUAACUUCCAAACCAUUACUAAUAAAAGGUCUACAUGUGUGUGUGUUUUUGUGAGUGAAUUAACUUAAACGGUUGAGCAUUAAUAGUGACUAAUAGUGGAGGAAGCCUGGAAAGUAGUGGCACAUACCAUAAGCUUGUGUGCACUUGUUCAUACCUAUUCAUUUAUGAGGAAUUGGAUCAACUGAUGCGGCCUUCAUGUUAUAGCGUGCGGCGGUGAGUAUUGUGGGUAUGAUGCAAUGAAAUCCUGAUUCUGAGCGAUUUUAAGAGACAAGAUGUACAUAUUUGUAAUAAAAUCGAUUUAAGACCUUCA